AUGGCCUCCACUUACUCUGAACGUUUGACUCCCCUCGAUCACCUCAUGCCGAGAACCUAUGUUGGUGCUGUCUUCUCCUUUCGAACCACUGAAUCAACCACCGCGAUCUGUCCACAACUCCAAGAUGGCCUUACUAUUUGUCAUCAAAGCAAAAUGCACAUCAACGAGAUCACCGUCUUUACGUACGAUGUCAACUACAACUACGGCACGUUCACUUUGUCCGGCGGGCGGAGUGGCGGCCUCGAGGGCUGGGCCGAGUCAGCGCCCCUGGGCGGUGCCUACCUGCCAAGCUUCUUCAACGGUGAACUCGCCGCGCUCAAGGAGCUGAGCCCUAGUAGUCUGGGUUUGGAUCCACGGUCCCCGGCCCAGGUGGUGGCCGUCAUGGACGGUAUCCUCAUGUCGGGCACGACAGCCAAGUCCAUCAUUGACAUUGCCUGUUGGGACAUCUUGGGCAAGGCCGUGGGGCUCCCAACUUCAGUUCUCCUCGGAGGACGUCUGAACGAAGAACUGCGUGCCUUUUCAGUCGUUGGCCUCUCGGACACUGCAACCGGUGUUGAAAAGGCUCGCGCUGAGGUUGAGAAGGGGGCCAAGGCGAUGCAGGCCAAAGUCGGAGACGACCCGUUGAGUGACGCUCGGCGGGUUACAGCCAUCCGCGAGGCACUCCCUGAGAGUGUAGACAUCUGGGCUGAUGCCAACGGAGGCUACAACCUCAGCCAGGCUCUGACGUUUGCUCGUGCGCUCCCUCAGGGCAUGACAGUGGCUAUAGAACAGCCGUGUGCCAGCCUCGCAGACUGCGGUGAGGUUGGCCGUCGCACCGGCUUGCCAAUUAUCUCGGAUGAGUCCAUCGUCACCUUGAAGGACCUAAUCUCGGCACACGCCCUCGGUAUAACGGGAGUCAACAUCAAGUCCUCACGAGUUGGCGGUUUCACCAAGGCACGCACCCUCCGUGACGUAGCCGUGGCCCUCAACAUGCUGGUCACCAUCGACGACACCUGGGGCUGCGCCUUGACGACAGCGCAGAACUUGCAGUUGGCGGCCUCCACGCCACAGAAGAACAUGAGGGGGGUUGAUUUGUUUGCCGAGUGGACGAAUCCACUGGUUGCAGAGAUACCUCGGUUAAAGGGAGAUGGACAGAUAAGCGCCACAGACGUGCCUGGUAAUGGAUUUGGGGCUGUGGAUGUUGCACUUUUGGGAGAACCCCUUUUUCAAAUUAAGGCUUGA